AUGAGGUCCGGUGUCCCACCGCGUGCUGUUACAGAUGUUGAUGAUCUCGCUGAGCUUAAAAGGAUCGGCACCGAGCGUUAUGCAUACCACGUUGCAGCCGCAGUGACACCUUAUCUCAGAUCUCGUCGAUCACAUUUCCAAGCAUCCGGCAAACUCAAUAUUCCCGGUAGAAUUUCAGUGCCUAGGCUUCUAUUGCCUUUGGCCGAUUUUCCUGAAAUAGUUGCUAAAUUGGAAGAUAUUUCAUUAGACAAGCUACGGGACAUCUCGUUUGAGGACAUUCUCAACGUAAGGAAAUUCGAGAAGCCCGCCAUGCCACUUCAACAGACUUUGACAUCAGACACACCUUUGCCUGAAUAUUUUGACUUUAUACCACGAACAAACCAGGAGCGCGUGCAGAACCUCGCAGAUGUUUUCAGUGAGCACGGUACUGAGAUAUUUGAGGAGUCGACCAAGAUGGACGGCUCAUCCAUGACAGUCUUUUACCUCAACGACGCCAACCCUCUCAUCAGCACAGUCCCUAGCGAGACGAUACAUAACGGCGUGGCAGUUUGCUCGCGGAAUCUUAACCGAGCUGAAGGAAAGGGAACAAAUGGGCGGAAGAGAGAGGGCAUUGUGUUCAAGCGCGAGGAUGGGCAGUUCAGCUUCAAGGCGAUAUCCAACUCUUACCUGCUCACACAUGGAGAGUAG